AUGAGGGUGGUGCAGAGUAAGGUGAAUCCACUGAACGUGACGCCGCCCAUUCAAGCCGUGGACCAGGACGAGAACAUCCAGCCGCCAUCGGACAGACCCGGAAUCCUCUACUCCAUCCUCCUCGGAAAACCCGAGUCGUACGCGCAAUACUUCAGCCUGAAUCGCACCACGGCUGAGCUGCUGCUGCUGAGGCCCAUCGACAGGGAGCUGUUCCACAAAUUUGAUCUUGUUAUAAAGGCAGAGCAGGACAACGGCCACCCCCUGCCAGCCUUCGCCAACCUUCAAAUCGAAAUCCUUGAUGAAAACAACCAAGCUCCCUACUUCCUGGAGAGGAGUUACCAUGGCUACGUCAGCGAAGCGUCUCCGGUGGGGACGACCGUAGCCUCCGACGCGAGCCUGGCCACGCCGCUGUCCGUGGUGGCCCUGGAUAACGACGUGGAGGAGACAAAGGAUCCUCAGCUGCACUUCUCAUUGGACAGUUACUCGAGUGUUUUCGCCGUGACGACAGCUGGCAUCACACGUCACCUGAUCCUGGCCCGGGCGCUCGACAGAGAGACGCAGGACUCCUACACGUUCACGAUCCUGGCUUCAGACGGCGUCCAGCAGAGCGUACCCGUUGCGGUGACAAUAACUGUGCUGGAUGCCAACGACAAUGCGCCAACCUUCGGCAACGUGUCGUAUAAUGUGAACCUGUUCACAGAUAUGCGGCCUGGGGAGACUGUGAUUCAGCUCUCAGCCCUGGACUCUGAUGCAGGACCCAAUGGGCGGAUCACGUACCGCAUCUUAGCAGGAGAUCAGGGCCAGUUCGUCAUCAAUAACAGCUCGGGGGUGAUCACGGUGGCACCAGGCGUGGAGCUGUCCGUCGGCCGCAGCUACGCUCUGACGGUGGAGGCCAUGGACAACGGGCCUGAAGCUCAAAGACGGUCGUCCAUUACUACAGUCUAUAUUGAAGUUUUCCCUCCGAACAACCAGAGCCCGCCUCGCUUUCCGCGGCAGCAGUACAGCCUGGAGAUCAGCGAGGCGAUGAGGCCGGGAGCCACUCUGCUUAAUCUACAGGCCGUUGAUCGUGAGCGAGAUCCAAUAGCUUAUGAAAUUACCAGCGGAGAUCCCCGCGGACAUUUCCAACUCCAGCACAAGACAGGCUAUCUGGUGCUGGACAAGGCUCUGGACCGAGAGGCUGUGGAUUACUACACUCUGGUGGUCACGGCCUCAGAUGGAUGGCCAGAUGGGACGUCCACCGCUACAGUGAAGAUCGUGGUCACCGACGUCAACGACAACGACCCGCUGUUCGACCUGUCUCUGCCCGUCAACCUCACCGUCAUCGAGGAGCAGGACUCAGCCUACGUCGGACAAGUUAAGGCAACAGACCCGGACUUGGGCGAGAGCGGUCAGGUCCAUUAUCGCCUCGUCAACCACCAGAGCCUGUUUUCCAUCAACGCCACGGGAGCCAUCACCACGGCAGCGCCACUGGACAGAGAGGAGAGGGGACAGUACUUCCUGAUCGUGGAGGCCUCGGACAGCGCCGUGGACCCCCGCAGGUCGCGCCUCACCCUCUUCAUCACGGUCCAGGACGUGGACGACAACAGCCCGGUCUUCACGCAGCAGCAGUACAACAUCGAGCUGCCAGAGAACCGCCCCAAAGACACCGUCAUCCUGGAGCUGAAGGCGAUGGAUGCAGACCAGGGCUCUAACCUCACGUACCGGAUGCGGGUGGAGGGGUCGGACCGAGGCGUGGAGCAGCUGUUCAGAGUGGACCCUCACACCGGAGAGCUGACGGUCCUUCAGGAGCUGGACUUCGAGGAGCUCGCUGUGUCCACCUACUCCUUCAUAGUGGAGGCUCUGGACUCCAGCGGGACCAUGCCUCCUGGACUGGCCUCCGUCACUGUCACUAUCAUGGACAUGAACGACUUCUCCCCGGUUUUCAGUCAGGAGGUGUACCGAGGCAUGGUGGCCCCCAACGCCCUCAAGGGGACCCUGGUUACCACGUUGAUGGCCAACGACUCUGAUCCCGUGGGGACGCCAGCAGGAUUUCUGCGCUAUAGAGUCGACCACGAUACUUACCCUUACUCCGCCAGCAUUUUUGAGGUGGAUGAGUACAAGGGGCAAGUGCUAACCCGGGUGAACCUCAACGAAGAGCCUAACUUCAAGUUCAGUUUGGUGGUGGUUGCCUACGACGACGGCGUUCCCAUAAAGAAGAGCUCGGCGUUGGUCGAGAUCACGGUACUUCAGCCUUCAGUCAUCCCGGUCUUCACACAGGAAGAAUACAGGUUGGCCCCGGUGAGCGAGGAGGCCGCCGUCGGGACCCCCGUGGGAAACAUCGUGGCCGCCGCCGUCAAUCAAACCAUCAUCUACUCCAUCAUCGAGGGCAACGAGCUGGGCAUGUUUUCACUGAAUGAGUCGACAGGACUGAUCUCCACCGCCAAACCCCUGGACUAUGAAGCCAACUCCAGCUUCGUGUUGAGGGUGGAAGCCGACUCCUUGGGGGUGGUGCUCUCCAACUUCAGAGUUCCCUCUAAAUCGAACACAGCCAAGGUGAUGAUCGACGUGCGGGACGAGAACGACCACGUGCCCGUCUUCACCAAAUCGCUGUACAUCGCCGGGGUAACGGAAGACGCCAAAACGUUCACGUCCGUCCUCAAAGUGCAGGCCGUGGAUGAAGACACCGGUAACUACAGUUCUAUGACGUACCGCCUGAUAAUGCCGCCGCUCAUGAGCAAAGACUCGAGUAAAGAUGGUUUUGUCAUCGAUGCGUACUCGGGCGUGGUCAAGACGGCCAUCAUGUACCGCAACAUGAGGAGGUCCUACUUCAAGUUUGAGGUGGUUGCUACGGACAACUACGGACUGGGGCACAGCAGCCGAGCCGACAUCGUGGUGUCUGUGGUGAACCAGCUGGACAUGCAGGUGGUGGUUUUAAAUGUGCCUCCAACUGAGGUGGAGAAAAACAAAGACCGACUACUCAGCAUUUUGGAGCGCCACGUCCAGGACCAGAUCCCCGGGGCGAAAGUUAUUGUGGAAACGAUUGGACCUCAUCGCUAUGGCGACGGGAUGGAGCUGGAAGACUACUCCAAAUCCGGACUAAUGAUUUACGCCAUAGACCCGCUCACAAACAGAGCCAUAGCGCGACAGGAGUUGUUCAAGUUUUUGGAUGGCAAGCUGUUGGAUAUAAAUAAAGAGUUCCAGCCCUUUAUGCCCCCCGGGGGUCGAAUCCUGGAGAUCCGGACUCCUGAGGUGGUGAGCGGAGUGAAGAAGGCCGUGCAGACUGUGGGCUACACGGAGGGGGCUCUGCUGGCCUUGGCCGUCAUCAUCAUCAUCUGCUGCGUCCCGGCCAUUCUCAUCGUGGUGGUCACAUACAAGCAAUUCAAAGAGCGGCAGGAGGAGUGUGCCAAAACAGCCCGGAUCCAGAUGUCUCUUCCAAGCGGCAAACCUGGGGGAGGCAUGGCCAACAACCUGUACGAGGAGCUGGGAGACAACACCAUGUGA